UCCUAUUCUUAACUCUCUACUCUCUAAUUCUCUUAUUCUCCAUUCUCCAAUAUAUUAUAUUUAUUAUUUAUAGUUUAUAUUAAUUAUCUACUUAUAUAAACUAUAAAUAGAUAUAAAUAGUAUUAUAUUACUUAUAUUUGUUAUCUAAUUAUAUAUUAUUUAUAUAUUUAUUAUAUCUAUUAAUAUAGUUGGAAUUAUAUCUAAUUAAUUUGAAGUCAUUCUAUUACUUCCAUCCGAAAGACCGAAAGUCCGAAAGAGAUGGAUCGUCCUAGAUAUUCGAUUGAUAUGGGUAACCUCGAACGCAACCGAACGAACGAGCUUGCGAGGAAGAGAUCCCGCAAAGGUAAAUCACAUCUCGGCUCUUCAUCUCAAAGUCAAGAUGAUUUUGAUACGGGUUACGUAAGGAGGGAUGGGGAUGCGAUGACCGACGAACAACUAGAACAAGAAUUGCACCGACAUAAUUCCCGCUUUUUUCAAGACCAACCGAGAACCAUUGACGAAGAAGAGCUCGAGGACGAGGACGACGAUGUGGAGGAAGCAAUUCCGGAGAGCCACGACGACGAGGAGGAGGAGGGUGGCGGCAGCCAUGACGCCGACCAAGCAGCCUCAUCCCAAACAGGUACAAAAAAAAGUAAAUCUGAAUUAAUGACUAAUAAUUUUUCUAAGUGGAAGGACCCGAACACCGGGAAUUGGACCGCAACUUGCAAUUGGUGCAAGAAAAACUAUAGCUUGGGGAUUUCCGGCGGAUACGGAUCCGCCACAAGACACCUUAAGUCCAAACACCCGGUGGAGUAUGCAAUAUGGGGCUACGGAGGGUUUUGGUGCGAAAGAAACUGGCGUGUGUGGCAAGUCAAACCGUGUAGCGGGCGAGGACUUAUAUUGAUGGGUGGCCCUAUGCCCAGCACGCAAGGAGCAGAUCAGAAGGUGGCGUGUUGACCAGUUCUUCCUUCUGCCAACAUCUGAUGGCAGGGGGGCAAUGCCAUGGACGGGAGGUGUAAGAAGCAGAGUUAAUUGAAAUACUGGCACAGAAUUCACAACUACUAUCUCUCUUAUCAUAGGCGCGUUAUGCAACAAGGCUACUCAUGUAGUCAUGUAACCAAGAGUAGCAGAUUCUUUGUGAUCGCCACAUUUGAUAGUUUAAUCCUCCUAGUUGUCUUGUUAAUGUACUCAGUAAUGAUUUAAUUAAUGCUUGAGUUGUUAUUCAGCAAAAA